AUGGCUGAGCCAGACGCUAAAACCGAAUCUGAAGUUGCAGUUGGCGGCGAAACUAACUCUGGUGCUGGCAAUGAAACUAAGUCUGGCGGUGAUGCUAAGGUCGAUGCUAGUACUCUAGCUGGCCUAGUAGAGCAAGACGCUGUUAGUACCGGAGAGAAGACCGAUGCCGGAAAUAACACCGAUACGGCUGCUGUUAAAGCGGAUGCCCCGCCAAAGACCGAUGCGGCUGCUGUUGCGGAUAAAGCUGACGACAACUUAAACCCCGAUAAGGCGGGUGAUAUUGAGCCUCAGGCUGAGGUCGACGCUGCAGUCGCUGACGAUCCAUGGGCUGUAGACAUUGAACCAUCCGCUGCAACUGUCGAACCGGCCGCUACAUCUGUCCCACCAGCCGCUACACAGGGCGUGGAUGACGGGGAGGGCGAAAAGGAUGGGGAAGAAGGGGACGUGGAUAUCAUGGAUGUAGAUGGCAGUGCGCCGGUUGCUGGAGGUGGUGCGUCGCUUGCCGGAGGUGGUGCUUCGAUGAUACAAGGGAAUAAGGAUGCUCCUCCUCCUGCUGGUGCUGUGUUAUUGGGCCGUCUCGUUCGGAAGAGCUUCGGCGGCGUGCCGUACCUUGGGAGAGUGUUUCAUUACGACCGCGACGAGAAUUGGUACAAGGUUCGAUAUGAGGACGGUGAUGCAGAGGAUCUGGAGGUGUCUGAGCUGGAGCAGUUGCUGUUAUCGGAGGAAGAAGAAAAGGCUGUUAACGCGGACAUCGAGACCUGGUCCGAGGCCAACAAGGCAACGUUGAUGGAUGAACGCAUAGAGGGCGACUGGGGUGGUGGUGGUAUGAUGGGCGGAGGGGAGGGGUGGAUGAUGGGCGCACAUGGGGCGCUGGGGAGGGGUAAUGGUGUGGCAGAAGCGGUUGUGCCAGGGCCGGGCGCGAAGGUGGUGGGGAAGAGCGUGCUAAAGGAUUUUGAAGGAGUGCUGACUGAAGGGAAGAUCACCGCUUUCGAUGAAGAUACCAAGAAAUACACUCGCCCUCUCUAUUGGAAAUGCUGGUGCGGAAGGGCGUGGAGAGCAUUCUGGUGGUGGGGGAGGAUAAUUACAUACCAGGAGGACAUGGAGGAGGAGGAGGAGGAGGAGGAGGAGGAGGAGGAGGAGGAGGAGGAGGAGGAGGAGGAGGAGGAGGAGGAGGAGGAGGAGGAGGAGGAGGAGGAGGAGGAGGAGGAGGAGGAGGAGGCAAAACCAGAGGAGGAGGAGGAGGAGGAGGAGGAGGAGGAGGAGGAGGAGGAGGAGGAGGAGGAGGAGGAGGAGGAGGAGGAGGAGGCAACACCAGUGAGGAGGAGGAGGAGGCAAAACCAUGAGGAGGAGGAGGAGGAGGAGGAGGAGGAGGAGGAGGAGGAGGAGGAGGAGGAGGAGGAGGAGGAGGAGGAGGAGGAGGAGGAGGAGGAGGAGGAGGAGGAGGAGUAUAAAUCGAUUGUUGAUGUUCUCCUUUUCCCCCACACGCCCGCAGGUGGAAUACAAGGGCACAGAGCUCUCUUUAUUGGAAGUGCUGGUGUGAAAGGGCGUGGAGAGCAUUCUGGUGGUGGGGAAGGAGAGAUCAACUCUCACUUUGUUGCUUUCUCCUACAUCAGGUGGAAUAUGAGGGCACGGGGCACUCUCUUCUGGAAGUGCUGGUGUGUAAAGGCGUGGAGAGUUGUGGUGGUGGAGGUGGAAUAUGAGGGCACGGAGCACUCACUUUUAGAAGUGCUGGUGUGGAAGAGCGUGGAGAGCAUCUUGGUGGUGGAGUAUGAAGGCACGGAGCACUCUUUGCUGGAGGUCUUGGUGUGGAAGGGCGUGGAGAGCAUCUUGGUGAUAGGAGAGGAUAACUUUGCUGAUGCUCCCCUUUUCCCCACAUGCUCGCAGGUGGAGUAUGAAGGCAUGGAGCACUCACUUCUAGAAGUGCUGGUGUGGAAGGGCGUGGAGAGCAUCUUGGUGAUAGGAGAGGAUAACUACAUGCCAGAGGAGGACAUGGAGGAGGAGGAAGAGGCGAUUGAAGAGGGGGAUAAGGUAGGGGAGAAGGUGGUUGCUGUAAUAGAGACUCAAGAGCCAAGGGCAGGUUUGGGAGGGGCGUUAGGCGUGACUGAAGCAGCAGCGCCUCAGGUGGAAACAGCAGCGCCUCAGGCAGAAAUAGCAGCAGCUCAGGUGGAAACAACAGCGCCUCAGGUGGAAGCAACUGUGCCUCAGGCGGAAACAGCAGCGCCUCAGGCGGAAGCAGCAGCACCCCAGGUGGAUACAACAGUGCCUCAGGUGGAAACAACAGCACCUCAGGUGGAAACAACACCUCAGGAGGAACUGACAGUGUCUCAGAUGGAGGUAACGGCUUCACAGAUGGAACUAACUGCAUCACAAAUAGACAUGGCUUUUGAGGCAACACGCAUGGAGGGGAUGGAGUCACAUAAUCAGCAGGCAACUGAUAUGGAUGGGACAGUAUUAUCACAUAAUGAAGCAGCUCAUAUGGAGGUGACAGAGUCACAAAUUGAUGCUGCUCAUAUGGAGGUAACAGAGUCACAGAUUGACGUAACCGUGUCGCAAUUUGAGGUAACCGCGUCGCAGAUUGAGGUGGCGAAUGCAGUGAUGGAGGAGAUGGGUAUGGAUGAGGCGACUGUGGUUGUGGCCACUGGAACAACUUCUGAGGUGCCAGUUCAGGUGCCUGAUCAGGUGUCUGUUCAGGUGCCUGCUGAGGCGCCUCAAAGGAUGGAGGAGAUGGGGAUGGAUGAGGCUAGGGAGUGGCUGAAUGAAGCUGAGGCUGCAGCUGUAGCAGAGGGGGUACCUGCAGCAGCAGAGGCUGAGCUGGCAGCUGUUGAGCUCCCAGAGGCUGGGUCACCACAGGCUGAGAGUGCAGCUGUAGCAGAGCGAGUUGCUGAAUGA